UAUAAUUUUUAUUAUUUUGAUAACCGUAAAUGUAAUUUAUCGCUAAAGUAACAUUUAUCAUAUACUUAUAAUGGCUCUUUCGGAUUCAAUGUUUUUAUUUGAGAUAGGUAUAAAACACCUAAAGUGUUACACAGCAGAGAAAGAAUUAAAAGUAGUCACUCAAUUUGCUGAGAUAUUCAAAACAACUAUAAAAAAUCCAAUAACUUCGUCGUUACCAAAGAACGCACAGAAAGUAAAAGUACAAUCAAAACAAAAGGUAAGAAAAAAUAAUGCUAUGAUCAAGAAAACGUCAAACCUGAAGCCGCAAAUGGGUCGUCAAUCAAUAUUGAUAGUCAACAAACUACCUCUGCUUGUAUCUUAUAUGAAACAUUACCCACUCGAGUUAUCUUUUUGGAGAGAUACUAAUCCGAAUGUUAAAUUGGGAUCUGUUUUUAUACCGUGGAACAAAGUAUAUGUUGAGUAUUUGAGCGACGUAGAAAAAAAACCGACAAUUCGACCACCGUGUUCACAAGGUUCAUACAGUAUUUAUGAUGAUUUAAGCUCAAAAAGAGUCGUUUUAAUUGAACUCAGUAUUAAGUUAACAUAUUUAGGUAACAAAAUAACAAGCCACUUAGGGUCCAUUUCCAAAAAUGUGCCUAUGCUUAUUUAUACACAAAUAAAUUCAAAAACCAACACGAUUUUAAAUACUGGUAACAAUAUUAAAAGUGAUAACCACAAUCAAAACAAGCUUAAUAGCAAACAUAUUACUUAUAUGAAUCCUGAAGUAAUAGAAAAUAUAGUUUCGAUGACAAAUACGGAGAAAAAAUACGAUAAAAACAUCUCGAUCAAAUCAUUGCACGAUACAGUUUAUCCAAUUAAUACCGUUAAAAGCAAUAAUAUAAUAAUUGAGGAGAAACACAAAGAUAUUGAUAACACUAUGUCAUGUUUAUCAAUUCGUGGUAAACGAAACGAUACAUUAAAAUAUAUAUUUGGAGAUUCUUCAGGUACAUUUGGUAACCAAGUUUACUGUGUCGGUUAUUUUUCUGUUCAAAAUGAUUCUUCUCGUCAAAACUCUCCUAAAGAAUCAGAUGAAGAAAACGUAGAAGGAUCAAGAGCUCAAAAAAAAUUUAAAUUCAAGAAAUGCGCUUCGGAUUGUCCUCGUAAAGAAAGAAUAGGCUCAAGUUCAACAAGUGCAAAUUCCUUAAACUUAUCAGAUGAAGCUGCUAAAUUCAGUGUAAUCAAAUGUAAAGAUGUUAAUUGUAACGACAGAAUUCACAGGAAAUUACCACCAUCAGCAGCGGAUGAUCGAAUUAAUUUAGAUAUAUCGACCUUCAGAAAGCCAUGUUGUAAUGAAAAUAAAACUGUAGAAAAAAUAGAGGAGGUGAUAGGAGGAGUAACAGCAAAAAUGAAAUAUGGAGAAGAUCCAUGUUUUUGCGCUUGUGAAUGUACAUUUGGUUUUACUAAGAAAACAACAUACUGUGGAGUUUGUGGUGGCUACGAAUUAGCUGGUGAAGAGCUAACCAGUAGACCUAUUCACGAAAUGCCAAUACCUUGUCCUAUAUUCCACAAAAUACUUGAUAAGAGUAAGUUAAAACCUGGUAGUACAUCCGGCAGUGAAAGUCGAAAAAAAUUGGACGAUCAAAAGAACUUAAGAGUGAGUUCUCCUCAAAAAGCAGCGGCUUCUGAUAAGCCUCUAAUGGUUAGUGAUAAGAAAAGCGUUGAAUCCGAAAAAGACUCGAAAAAAGGCAAGAAAAAAAAUAAAAAAGAUGACAGGUUUAAAUUCAAUUAUGGCUAUAAAGGUAUACCUCCUCAAAUUGGUCACAGUAAAUGUGGCUUACCCUGUUCGGGUACUUUAGAUAAUGUUCCCAAAAAUAUGGGUUGGCUUUGGACGGCAGAAAAUGUGCCAGGAAUGAAGUUUCGCCCUAUGUGGAAACCAGGUGCAACGAGUAAACACGUGGUAAGGUUAUUAAAGAUAGCGAAAAAUCCAGGUCAAUUGUUGUCAAAGAAGAAACGCAAAGAUAUAAAUAAAAGAAAACGCCCUAUAAAAAGACCUUUACUUAUUGUUCACAAAAAGGAUGGUGAAUAUACUAUUACUAUGGAAACUAUGAAAAGUUAUUUAAAACCAAGGACAUUAAAUCAACAACCUUAUGAAGAUAAGCCAGUCGUAACAUACUUUAUAGGCAGAACAGACGAGGAAAAUCGAAUUCGUCUCAAGAAAAAAGAACGAGCACGAAGACGGCUCGAGAGAGCUCAACGAGAUUUUAUACAAAGCACUUUUAGAGAUAUGUGUGAAGAAAUUUGCUUAAAAACAUAUCAGCAAGCCCUAGGUAUAUUACCUGAUACUGAAGAUCCUAAAUGUAUGUGUUAUCCAGCUUUGCCAACUCCAAAGACUACAAAUAUGAACGUUUCUUGCUCUUGUUCAGAAGACGAAUUGUCAAUUGGCUCCGAUACUGAUUCUGAUGAAUGGAUUGUUGAGUUUACCCCCCCUAAUGCAAUAUUUGAUCCUAGUUAUAAAGGAAAAAAAAUAAUUAAAGUAGAUAAUGGUUCACAAUAUUCAUAUCUUGAUUAUAGAGUUAAGCUCGUAGACAGGUUUGGAAAUCUCGUUCCAAGGUUCUUUAAAGGUCUUGAUGGAAAGGAACAGUGCAGUGACUUAGGUGGCUUUUGGAGUCCUGAACAUAAUUGGUUAGAAAUAAAUGUAGAUGGCUAUAUAGCUCCAGAUGGCAGAUGGGCGCCUAAUAAUUUUAUUGGUCCAAGUGGUGAGCAGGUUGACGCGGAGACUGGAAAAUUCCAGGCUAUGAAUGGUAAAUGGUUAGUUGUUGGCGUCGAUGGAUAUAUUGAUUGUCAUGGUAAAUGGAAGUUCUACCCUGCAGCAGCAGGGUCAAUAAAGAAAAAGAAACAUCGUGGUGACCAAACAAAGAAGUGGAAAACUGGUGACAAGAAAUAUGACAAGUCUGAAACAAGUUGGAGCUGUUUUGGAGAUGUCUCCCCUAGACAAUUAUCAAAGUUAGGAAUCGUAGGUCAUGGCGGUGACAGAAAAUUACUUAUUUCUACACUACAAGAUAUGUUGGCACACGGUGAAGACAUAAAUAUACCUCAACCUAAAACAGUUUUUCAUCUGCCUUUUUCUAAGAAAAGCAAGCUCGGUCCAAAGGAUAUAAAUAAAAGUAAUGUAAUUAAUUUAAGGGCCAAAAACAAGUGUCAUCAUCCCGUACCAUCUGAUAAAGGUAUUGUCGCUGUCGAUGCAUACGGUAAUAAAACGUAUUUCAAAUUAAGACAUCGUAAAAAUUUACGUCCACGGGAAAGAUUGGCAACCCUAGAAGAUCGCGGUAUAAGUCUAAGUUCGUUUCAUGUACCAUGUUUUCAUUCUUUCAUCAACUCGGAAGUGAUGAAAAAGCAGCUGCGUGAUCGUCUUCUUGCACAGACGACAAAAACUACAGCGACGCAGGUACAUAAAGAUUGGAAACCAGGUGCUGUAUCUAAGCGUUUACUUAAAGUUCUUAAUAAAGCUAAAAUAAGGAAGUCCACCGUAGAGGCGAUUAAACGGACAAGACGUGUCAAAAAGAAAAUUGAAGAGAAGCCCACGCUUAUAGUUAGUAAAAACAAUGGCAAGUAUCACAUUGAAAUGCAAGUCACGUCUGAGAAUUCGAAAUACAAUACUGAACGAUACAUGCCAUUAAUAUAUGAAAUAGAAUCUACAAACAAUAAAGAUAAAAUAAAGCAAAGAGAACGGUUACAGCGGCGUCUUGUAAAAGCUGCUGUAAAAAAUGUUUGGUCAGACCCAUAUCACCCUGAAGCUUGUGAAAACAUUUGUGCAAAAACAUACAAUCGUGUUAUUGGUGAUUUGCCCCUAGGAGUUAAUUGUAAUGAUGAAGAAAUUGAAACUAUUAAUAGUUCAUGUGAAGAUGAAGAAGUCAAUAUCAGCACUACCUCCUCUGAUGUAAAUUGGGAAAUUCAUUUUACACCGCCUCUGAUGUGUUAUCAAGCGUUACACAAAGAGGAUGAAAAUCAAUUGAUUGUGUAACUUUAUGCGAGAUAUAAUAUAGUAAUAUUUGUCGUACUGUUAUCAAAAUUGUUAUUGUGAUAAUAUAACGAAAUAAAACAA